ACGUUCGGAUUUCAAAGUGUUUCCUUACAAUGUUCUGCAUUUCGCUAGUGUCCUGGUUUGCUAUGACCUCUGUCGGAGUAUACGUUGUCGAGAUACCUGAACCCCUUGGAUCACGAACUGCAGAUGCGAGUGAAAGCCUUAGCCGAAUGAUCUAUCCGUCCUAUCCUUAUGGCGACGUUCCACUGAGAUUAGCUUUCAGUCCGCGAACCACUGUACUUAUCAAGGAUAACGUCCACAACGAGCCCCUGGAACGUGUUGUGGAAUUUGUUUUGGAUACCGACAAUGUUUCACUCUGUACCAUAUUGGGGUCUUACUUUUCAACCGAAACUACAUUUCAAAGCUGGAAUUUCAAAACUUUUUUGGCUACUUUACCAGGUGGCCACGCUGAAUGUCUUUGUCAGCAGACGAUUCAGCCCAGUGUAACGACAUCACCAGAUCGGCGCAUCUUAGUCUUCUUUGGUUUUGGGGCGGGUCAAUGCUCCAAGUUCAUCGUUCUUUACAAUGGUAUUACAACCAUCACCAGUGUACUAUCCGCAAUUGGUGAGAAUACUCCAUGGGCAUUUUCACCUGGUCUUGUUACCAUACCGACCAAUACGUCAUCGUCGAUAUUCACACUCAUAUCAUACGGAGGAUCACAUUGUAAUAAUUUCAGCGACGCGGAAUGUGUCCGCUUCUCCACGGAUAUCUUCCAGGUCACAAUCGACAUAUCAGACCCAUCGGUACCAGUAAAGUGGAUAAAAUCGGAGCAUCAGUUAGCAAAUACCGGCACUAGGUCUCCAAGCCCCCGAGCAAACCCCACUCUAAUAUCUAUAAGUGAUUCCCAGUUAUUGCUGUUCGGUGGAGUGGAAGCACAUGGAUAUUCUCAACCCAUCCAGGUACGAAUGUUAAACGAUUUCUGGAUUUUCAAUAUUGAACAAGGCACAUGGCUCGAACUGAAAUCCAAUUUUCCAUCUACCUACUCUCCUGAGGGCGAUGUGAGUAUGAUGAGGGAGUUUUUCAAUACCUUACAGGUUGCCUAUUUCAGCGUCUUCCGAUCACUGAUUGUGGCAUACUCUGUUCCGCACGGUCCGUUUAUCCUGUAUCUAUGCGCACUGUCAACCCAAGACAAGGACCCAGUUCACUGCGAAGCUAAAGGGAAACUUACAGACUUAUAUAUACAGAACUAUCCGCACGACAUCCCUUGGUUUUCAUUGUUGUCCGACCAAACCGACGAAUUCCAUAUCGUCUUUCAAAGAAUAAGAAGCACGAAAAGUUUCACCUUGCAUCAGUGCGUCCAAUGUCAACCCAACACGUCCCAGCUAUCGACCACGUAUAAGCCACAUAUUGAUGUUCGAAGUCAUUUUUCAGGCUUCCAGGGUUGCAAUACAGCCCGUCCUCUGUCUAUACCCCUUUCUGACAGCAUUUCAAUAUACAUUUUUAUUGGUUCAAACUGUCCAGAAAGAACAACAGCUCGUUAUGAUAUUCGCUUUACUCGUUCGCAGAGACCAACCCCUAUUGUUGUGUGGCAACUUCUACACGACCGAUUCGGAACAUCAACAAUAGUCGCCAAGUAUCCUUCAUCAUCGCCUCUGCUUUAUAAUCGAGCGGGCUUCACAUUCACGUCCGUUCAGCCAUUCAUGGGAAUUCUCUUUGGAGGUUCGAGGAUUAUAAACAAAAGCUACGAUUUCCCUAGUUCUACUUGGUGUUUGUAUAUCCAGGUUGAUAGCCAAGCUCGAGAUUCCACAGUCUACUGGCGACGCCUUACUACACAUCAACCCCAGCCCUCGCCAAUGCCUCGAGAAGACCAUGUGGCAUUCAGCCACAAGAGCCACAAGAGCACACAUCUGGUGAUACACGGUGGGAAUAACGAUAUACAGAUGUACGGCGACUUAUGGCUACUGCAGAUGACAGAUGAACAGUCGUGCUCCGGUACGUGGACCCAACUGACUGAUAAUGUUUUCGGUGAGAAACUGCCUCGUCUAUACGGUCAUUCAGCCACUGCGUAUGGUGAUGACAUCAUUCUGUUUGGUGGUUACAACGCAUUCAAUGAAGAAAGUCCAAGAAGCGUCAAUAACACACGUGACAAUGGAGAUGGGUUAGCUAUGACUGAUCACUUGUUGGUGAUGUCGAUCAAGAGCCUUUCUUUCAUUCAUCUCCGCAAGAUUCCUUUGUCACAACAAGUUCCCGUGCGGGUCUUCCAUUCUUUGUCUUCUUACUUGAACAAUUCAUUUUUACUACUAGGCGGAUAUUCAUUUCGUAGCCGACCCACGAGAGCUGCAUUUCUUUUUCAAUUGCGGGCCCAUGGAACGAAAAUCACAGUUAAGGUUAUACACUUUUUCAACUUCACCAUCUAUGGCCAACGUGUGAUCGAUGACCUUAUCUUCUCAGGUGGAUUUAAUAUCGAACCCGAUGAUGUAGAUCAAGCAAGACACAGUUUAAAAUUUCUGACAUUGAACAGUUUGGAACAUUGUCCAUUGGGCUAUGGAUACUCGGAACACCGUUCCUGUGAACCCUGUCCUAUAGGAUACUACUCGUCAGCUAUUGUUGAGAACUGUACAAGAUGUCCUGGUGAUUUAACGACACCAGGCAUUGGGGCCUGGAAAUGCGCUACCAUAUGUAUGGACAGCUACUGCAAUGGCCACGGUACAUGCAAGCUGAAUAGAGAUGACAAGAAGUAUUGCAACUGCAAGUUUGGAUACCUACCGGCCGACAACUGUCGCACACCCGUAGUCUACCUUUCUCAGAUGGCAGCCGUUAUAUUUUCCUUCGUGCUUUCUCUGUUCAUUGCGUUCCUAUUGAAGUUCAUUCGAAAGCGUCGCGACUUGAGGAAGACGGAAAAAGAGUUGCAAAUCCAGCAUGUCCGUCUCCAAAGGUCCCUGAGGAAACUUGGAGAACUGAACCGGGGAGCGCGAAUUCAAUGGGGGGACUUAACAAUCAAGAAACGACUGGCAUCGGGGACCUACAGCAAGGUGUAUAUUGCAAAGCUCAGUGACAUGGAUGUUGUAGUCAAGAAACUUCCCAAGCGCUUCAAUCGAACGCGAUGGCGUACAUCGCCUUUUGACACCUUCUUAGAGGAGGCUGAGACACUGCGAUCCGUGUGCCACCCAAAUAUUGUCCUCUUUCUUGGAGCAGGCCAGGACAUAGCGGACAAGUGCCCAUUCUUGGUUAUGGAGUACUUGCGACGAGGUUCCCUCUACGAUAAUCUGCAUAAUCCACGUGUUCAACUGGAACAAGAGGAUAUGCUCCGGUUUGCUCUGGACAUCGCUCGUGGUAUGCGAUAUCUGCAUAGCUCUAACCCUCCACAGAUUCACCGUGAUCUAAAAAGUCCAAACCUAUUGGUCAGUGAUAAGUGGGUGGUGAAAAUCGGAGACUUGGAGUUCACCAGAUAUCUUACCCUUAUAGAAAACGAAGAUCGUUCGCAAUCAGGGCAGCAAUCCACUAACGGUGCCCAAACCAACGCUCAGGCAGCAAGCGUUCUUCACGAUCAUUCAAUAGCAGACAGCGGCGAAAACGAAAACCUGGUUCAACGUACGGUCUCUGAAUGCCAGAAUCUUUCACAUCUACCAAUACACCACAGCGGUAGUGAUACGGCCAGUCCAAGUCUGUGCGAUGAGAGACAAUCACCAUCUGGAAAUGAUAAUCAUGGUGAGGAUACCAUGGUAGCUGACGACGCUGACAGUACUCCACAUCACUGUUUCACGGCCUCACAGCUGCCAUCACGAGUUGGAAUGACGUGUGGUGUUGGAACUGACAGAUGGAGAGCUCCAGAGACACUGUCUGAGAACAGUUACACGGAAAAAUCAGAUGUGUAUAGUUAUGGCGUGUGUCUGUGGGAGAUAUCUACUCGUCAGCUUCCCUACGCACAUUUGUCGUUCCCGGAGGACAUCCAUCAAGAGAUCAUGGAUGGAAACACGCCAGUCUUUCCUCCCACCACUCCCUACCCAUACCGUCACCUGGCUGAGAAAUGCAUGAGCGACGAGCCACGUGACCGGCCCUCGUUCCAGCAGAUAUUUCAUGAGCUUGAAGGUUUACAGGUAUCGGAGUGUUAGGAAGCAUGUGAGGUUGAUGCCUAAUAUGGUAUACGGUGAAUGUAUUUCCUGCCCUCUCUCACCAUUGCUGCCCCCACUACAUAUCUAACAGGCUACCAAAAUAAUAAUCUGAUAAACUAUCACAGAACGUUGUACACGUGCAACUAGCACAACAUCACAACUUUACUUGUGGAUGAGCAACAGUGAAGUAUCUUGCCGAACACCUAUCCUACUCUUCACAGAGUUGUGAAGUUGAGAAAAAGGUCGGAGCAAAACCUGCUAUGUUCCGCAAGAUCAGGGACAAUCUGACACCAGCUGCGAGAAACACCUUCUACUGCUCAUUUAAUCAAGCACACCUUGCGUAUGGUUCUAAUGCGUUUGUACACUGCCUUCACACCACACAACAUGAUAGACUAACUCGCAUUGCUAUCCGCGCCGUUAGGAUUGUUUUUGGUUUCCCUUGGCCCUAUGAUGUUUCAGUCUUACACACCAGAUAUGGCCUUGCUCCUAUUGAACUGCGGUAUCAGCUUUUGUCUUUCGGGCCCUAGGUGGCAUAUGUAGUACUCUGCUCUCUGAUUGCUUCUGCCUUCUUUCCGCCACAACACACACAGCUGCCCGUACACGUUCCCAGUCCAUGGAUUCACUUGCUCUACCAAAAGCACGCAAUCGUUAUGGCGUAUUCGAUUUGAGCUUUCUGGCUUCUGACAUUCGCGCUUGCUCCUCGUUUCAUUAUUCCGCAAAUCCUGUUCUUUCUUUUUUACGAGAAACCACAAACAUCGAGAACAGAAUACUAGGCAUGUGCGGAUAAUGUCGGCAGAAAAUUGGCAGAAUUCGGUACUUUUUCUGGUAAGUUUCAUGCAUGUUUGGUAUGUGGAGAAAGAAAUAAAGCAGAAUUC